AUAAGACUUCUCAUUUCUGGAGAGAGAACUUCAACCUUCCUUACUGCCCCCCAGACGCUGUUUCCCUAAUACCCAUUUAGUACCCUUGUGCAGGAUCUUGAGGCUUCACGGAAUUCCGAUAGCCCGAGCUAGGAUUACAUCCCAUAGCGACUUCAGAACUACAGAAUUAUACAUCUCCAUAUCCAAGGUUGGUCCUUGGCUACUGGUUACACCAUAUCUCGCCUUAUUAACCCAGUGCAGAGCUAGCGAAAAGACUUUGAACUAUCAUACCUCGAGUCGCGACAAAUAGGCUACCUUUCCCGCUUCAAAUACGCUGGCGACAUCUUGCUACUUUCCUCCACUGUCAGACCUUCGAAAACGGUCCUAGUGUAAACUAAAUACUCGAACACUUGAUGGAUCGGUGGGCUCCCCUUCCCUUCAACGUCCGUUAUUUCAAGAAUAAUAAGCAGCACCUAAUAACCUUCACAGAAUGGCCGAUAUUAGCGGAAACUUCAGCGGGAAUUCAGGGGAUCAUAAUGUUUACGGCAGCAAUUAUAAUAAUAAUAACAUAAUCACCGGAAACUCGAGCAGUAUUACCAAUAUCGGACCGAUAUAUCAAGGAUGUGCAUUUAGAACCGGGGACAGAGGUAUUAUCAUCUUUCCCGCAAGGCUCCCGGCAAAGAUCUAAUGUGCUAUUGCAACUAGAAGAAGCUUAUAGGCCUUACCGGAUAAUUCCCUAUUGCAGAAACAGCAAGUUCACUGGCCGGAAACAUCUAAUCGAGGCGGUAAAGAGGAAUUCCCAGGGUAGUGGCCACCGCCGAAUCGCACUUCACGGAUUAGGUGGUUCCGGGUAUGUAUUCAGUAUUAUUAUCAGUAUUCCUGGAGUUUACUAAAGUUGCUUAGAAAAACUCAGAUUGCCCUCGAAUACGUUUAUCAGCGCGCAAGCGAGAGCGAUUGUGAUGUCUUCUGGGUGCACGGGAGUGGAGUGCCGGAAUUUAGUGAGGGCUUUAGAGCUAUUGCGCAGCAUGUUCGAAUCCCCGUAGCCAGCGCCAAGACGGACCAAGAGGGAUUCCUAUUGAAUGUGAAGAGGUGGUUUGAAGGCCCGGCCAGUGGUGAUUGGAUACUGGUUAUUGACAACGCCGACAACGAGGAGGACUUUAUCGGUAACGGCGGUCGCAUCUCCAAAUUCGUACCGCAAGGCCAAAGGGGUACUUUAAUUUUCACCACCCGAUCACUCCGGGUUGUAUCUUGGCAAAACUGCGAAAGGAUCGAGGUCGGAAAGAUGGAGGAGGAUGAAGCCCAGGCGUUGUUUUCGAAACGCUUGGGUAACUGGAACACUACGGGAGAUGAAGAAAAGGAGGCAAUCACAAUGAUCCUGGAAUCCGUGCACCACAUUCCUCUAGCUAUCGUAGGAGCGGCGGCCUUCAUGAGUGAAACCCAGACACUGCCAUCCACUUACUGGAAAAUUUUCCGGGGAAGCGACGAACAAGCGAGAAGACUACUCUCACAGCCAUUUUGUGACAUCCAGCGAGAGGCUGAUAUGACCGAAAGCAUCCUUGCCACCUACUUUGUCACCUUUGACCGAAUCACACUGCAGAUGCCCCGAGCGGCGGAGCUUCUGCGUCUAAUCACGUUUCUCGAUCGUCAGAACAUACCGGAGGAGCUACUAAGUCAAUCUGGUUUGGAAGGGGCGGAUGAUCCAAUCGAGUUUCGUCAGGCCAUUGGAAAACUAUUAGGAUUUUCUCUAGUUACAACCGUCAAAUGUGGGGACAAGACUUUCUACGAGCUCCACCGCUUGGUCCAACUGUCUUUGCAAGUGUAUUUACCAACGGACGAGUUGAAUCGAUGGAGGGCCACCGCGCUGGGGGUAGUUUCCAGCUUGUUCCCUCGGCAUUGGAAUUCGUGGAGAGAUGUUAGUUCUGCAUACAUUCCACAUGUAUUAGUAGUAACCAAACAUUCAACGGAUCCCAUUGCUGAAGAACUUUGCUUUCGCCUGGGACAGUACUUUCAAGAUAUGGGUUUCUACAAUGAUGCCGAAAUCCAAUUGUGUCGGUGUAUUACGCUGCGGGAAGAGAGUAGAGAGUAUGAUUGGGAUGCGGAAGGCCGGAGCAGGGUUAUGCUCCUGGGGGCGGUAAGCAUAUACCAAGGAAAGGCAGAUGUGGCCGAAAAGAUACUUCGGAAUUUAUUAGAGGAUAUUGAGGGAUCAUUGGGCCCCGAUACCCCCAUCGUCCUGAAGGCCAUGGACUGGCUGGCUCUGGCGCUGCGAUUCCGGGGAAAGUAUGAUGAGUCAGAGGCAAUGAGUCGGUGUGCACUAGAGGGGCGUGAGAAGAUCGGUGGACCAGAGCACCCAGACACCGUAACCGGCAUCAGCAACCUAGCUAUUGUUCUGCAAGACCAAGGAAAGUACGAUGAAUCAGAGACGAUGAAUCGGCGUGCACUGGAGGCGGGUGAGAGGAUUCUUGGACCAGACCACCCAGACACCCUAGCAAGCGUCAGCAACCUAGCUCUUAUCCUCCACUCCCAAGGCAAGUACGAUGAAUCAGAGACGAUGAAUCGGCGUGGCCUAGAGGGGCGUGAGAAGAUUCUUGGACCAGACCACCCAGACACCCUAGCAAGUGUCAACAACCUGGGUAUGGCGCUUCAAGGCCAAGGAAAGUACGACGAAGCAGAGACAAUGAAGCGGCGUGCCCUGGAAGGAUAUGAGAAGAUUCUUGAACCAGACCACCCACUCACGUUAACAAGUACCCACAACCUAGCUUCGGUACUACGAUGCCGAGGAAAAUACAUUGAAUCAGAGACGAUGUAUCGGCGUGCACUAGAGGGGUUUGAGAAGCUUCUGGGACCAGACCACCGUGACACCUUAUUAGCUCUCAAUAACCUUGCUUUUGCGCUGCAAGACCAAGGAAAGUACAUUGAAUCAGAGACGAUGAUUCGGCGUGCACUGGAGGGGAAUGAGAAGAUUCUUGGGCCAGACCACCCACACACCCUAGCAAUUGCCAAAACCCUAGCUUCUGUUCUACAAGACCAAGGAAAGUACAUUGAAUCAGAGACAAUAAAUAGGCAUGCCCUGAAGAGGCUCGAGAGGAUUCUUGGACGAGAUCACCCACACACCCUGUCAAGUGUCAAUAACCUGGCUUCUGUGCUACAAGACCAAGGAAAGUAUAUUGAAUCAGAGACGAUGUAUCGGUGUGCACUGGAGGGGCUCGAGAAGAUUCUUGGACGAGACCACCCACACACCCUGUCAAGUGUCAAUAACCUGGCUUCUGUGCUGCGAAACCUAGGAAAGUUCGCUGAAUCAGAGACGAUGCAUCGGCGUGCACUAGAGGGGCAUGAGAAGAUUCUCGGACCAGACCACCCACACACCCUAAUAAGUGUUAGCAACCUUGCUUUGGUGUCGCACUACCAAGGAAAGUACAUUGAAUCAGAGACGAUGAAUCAGCGUGUACUGAAGGUCCGUCGGAUGAUUCUUGGACGAGACCGCCCAAGAACCUCGUCAAGUGCCAACAGCCUGGCGACACUGCCGCGAUUACAAGGAUAACGUGACGAUCCAGAUACGGGAGCGUGGCCUGCACGCCAGACACUUACAAGAAACCCCGAGUAUAAGCGGCCACCAUUUUUUCGCCGUGUUGUCCAUUAUUUCCGGAGGAGAGCAGUUCUCCGGAAGGGCCACAGACCAGCAAAGCGAUCCGCCACAUUGCAGGUUGUUUGUCUCGACGAGAGUUGGCAGGAGUGGGCUACUAGAUUCCACGAUAUGAAACCCCUUUUGAAUCUACGGGGGGGAAUGGCAGACCGUUCAGAACCAGUGGAGAUCCCCAGCUACGGCCAUGGAUGGCAGGCUCUUGAAGUGUAGUGGGGGAAGUGUUGGGCUUUUUGUUUUUCUUUUGCGUCGUAUUUCUAUUGUUUCCUUUCACUUUUUCCGAUGUCAUAGCUCAUGGCCAAUCUGAAAUGAUGUAAAUUAUGCCUUCUCACACGAUUAACCCUUUGCAGUCACUCCUUU